AUGUUGCCAGCGUUUUUCGCCAGGCUCAUUAUAACUGUUUUUGGAGUUAUGCAUCCCUCUUACAGAACUUAUAAAGCCAUUAAAAGGAAAGAUUAUCAGGAAGUGGUGACACUUGGCAUGUACUGGGUAGUGUUCAGCAUGUAUAUAACUCUGGAGCUGGUGACGGAUAUUCUACUCCAGUGGCUUCCUUUUUAUUACGAAGUGAAGACUCUAUUCGUCAUAUGGCUUGUCACACCAGCCACUUCCGGGUAUAGUUUUGUAUACCGAAAAGUAAUCCACCCAGAGCUUACCAAGAGAGAAACUGAAAUUGACGAAGCCAUAAGUAGAGCAAAAGAAAAAGGAUACUCAAAAGUCGUGGAGUUUGGUGCCAAAGGACUAAAUUAUGCUGCGAAGGCUGUUCUUUCGGGUGCAAUGUUGGGACAAGAUUUUUUAGCUGAUCGUCUUGGUAAACGAAGCUCAAGCAUGUUCGAACUUAAUCGUGGACCUAUAAUGAGACGGCAAAAGCUGAGAACCACUGAGGUAUUCGAUUACGAUGAUCCCGACUUCGUUAGCACUUUACGAGAAAGAACAACUCAAGAGGAUGAUCCAUUUGCACUUAACUGGCUUCAAAUGGGAUCAACAGGGUCUCUAGGGCGACAUUGGAGACCAGGUUCUAAAGGUUUGAGUAACGUACCUGAAGACACAGAGCAUUCUUCUGAAGAUCCUCAAUCGAUUUCGUCUACCCGACACGUUUCAACUAGACGUACAAAUGUUGCUCAGGAAACGACUAUAACUCUGCCACGUCGUACAUCAGCUCGUCGUACUAUUCGACCUCAAUCAACCCCACAGUCAAUCAAAACAAUAGGGAUUGGAGAUCCGAUUGACUAA